GUGGAAGCAACGAGUUUUUCUUUGCCCAAAAUGACUCUUUCAAUACUGUUUGAUGUUCCCAUGCAGCCCAGAUAUAGAACAAUGAUAGGAACACAUUCACCAACCACUGAGAAGCAAACCUCCACUAGGGAAGUUCCGCAAGACAAAGUGUUCUGUUUGUGAUGCUGACAUACAAACGUGUCAUGAUCACAUCCGCUCAAGAAGAGUAUCAGUGACUUCAUACAUCCAUCAGUUUCCACCAGGAAUUUUCUAUCUCUCAGGAGACCACUGUGAACAUGGGCUCAACUCGACUGAGGACUGUGUACUGCACCUUGUGGGCCGCCAUGUUCGUCACAGCGCGCUCUUUCGCAGCGGACAAAGAGCACGGCAUUGACAGGGACUUGAGUGAUAUGACGGAUAUUGUGUACAAUAAGGACUCGGAUAACGAGCCUCACUACGUACAAUACGAUGUGGCAAGUAUUCCUGUCAAAAUGACAGGGGUGGAGAGAUUCCUCUCCACAUUCAUCACCUCAAACGGGAGGAGAUACCCACUCAGAUACGCCACUGACCACUCAGGAGUUGAGUCUAGGCCUAAAGUUUUUAACUCGCCCUUACUUCAAAAAUCUGCAGCUACUCAUCAAAAGCCUUCCAUUGGCAGAGCAAAAAUGAAACCAAGGACAAAACCUGCAAAGAUUCUCCAGAAGGCCAAAACACUCAAGCUCAAGAAAACUACAGGACACUAUGACAAAGAAAGACAUAUUGGGAUUCCCAUCAGGCAAAAAGGGAAGACACGACCCAAGCAUAAUCCAGCCACAAAAGAGAACCCUGCAAAGCAAGGAGGAAAGCUUUCCAAUAGUGACAAAAAGGUUCCAACAUGUCUCAAGUAUGUUUCAACCUUGGAAUCACCUGGGAUCAAGUCAGCUACCAAAUUCCUGGUCUCUUCAGUGAUGGGAAACUCUGAAGUCUCUGUUGUCCUAGAUGUUACCCCAUCUCCAAAGUCAAAAAUGUACUCAGUCUCUUUGACAAUCCUGGACCCUUGUAUCCUAGACCUGGUCUUUGUACAAACUUUCAUCUGCGGGUCCAUGAGGUAUUUCAACUUUGGACACCCCUUGCUCAUGAAUGGAAACUUGUCCCACUUUCUGGACACCCACAAACACAAUCCUCCAGAUAUUCUAGCUAUUUUUGCUUUCAUCAGCAAAGUGCCAAAUGAAAUGUUGGUGGACUUGGGACUGAGGGUUGAGUAUAUUAAAAAUGAGGAAGUGGUGGAUGCUCAUCUGAUGUUUGUGGAGAGGUUGUUUGACUUGGUUUUGAUCAUGGAGAGGAUGGAGGAAAGUCUGGUGCUCAUGAGACACCAACUGGGUUGGGAUCUGGAAGAUGUCUUGGCUUUUCACCACAAUUCUGCAAUGAAUCAAGGGACUGAAACUUUGUCAAAAACACAGCUCCAGGACCUGGAUAAUUUGCUGUCAGAUGACCACAAGCUCUACUCAAAAUUUGAGGCCAUUUUGGAGGCCAAAAUCCAGGAAUUUGGCCAUCAGAGAAUGGCUGAUGAGGUGGCAGCUCUCAAGUGUCUCCAAGAGCAAGCUGCUGAGAUGUGCCAAGUUCAGGAAUUGCCUCCUGCCAAGUUACCACUGCCAUAUAGACCAUAUUCCUUGCUUUCAUCAGGACUCUACCCAAAAGUCAUUGAUGACACUUGGGCACAUGAGCAGUUGAAGCAGUUCUGCAAGAGGAUGUGUUUCACAGAAGCAGUUGGGAACCUUUUGAAGAUGCUGGUCCUUGAAGAACUUGUAGAGUGUCCUGUCAGGCCAACUGUGGAAGUCCAAGUCCAGAAGAACAUCUUUUGGUAUCCCUGGUUGUUUAUCAGGGAUCUCUUCAUUGUGGGUAAACACCAAUGCUUCCUCAAGGUCAAAGGACAACAAGUGUCUGAGAAGUACCAAGGACUCUUGGUAGGUCUCAUGCAAAAGCACCAAAUCAAAGGUCCUGUUGAGGUAUUCUAUGUGCAACCAGAGCCACCAAAGGAUUGGUUCAGUAAGAGAUAUGACACCUUCAACAGCCCAAAGGACCAAGACAUGGGUUUUCAAGACAGAAGUGGACAUACUCCUACAUUCACUCCAUACUUCAACCAGUACCACAAAAAGCCCUACCAGAAGUUCUCCCCAUACAGCAGCUUUGACUGGAAGCAGCAAUCAAACCACUACCAUACCUACACCAAUCCCAAAACUAGUACCAGCACAACCACCACAAGUACCCCAAGCCCUUUGAGACUUCAGAAAUAUCCUGUGAAGCAGCCCUGGCACAACAGUCCUAAUGGGGAUUGGGGCACAGAGAGUAUAACUGAGCCCACAAAACCUCAAGUUACUCAAGAAGUUCCCACUGAAAGCUUGUCUGGAGGACCAUUGGAUGACCCAGAGUUUCUAGCUUUCUUGGCUGAGGAGUUGCAGACUAAUGUUGGGGAAGUUGCUGAAGCUCUGAGAAGACCAGUCCCUGAUGGAUAUUCAGACCAACAGGCUGAGUUCCUGAAAAAACUAUACCAAGACUUCAUCAACAAAAAGCCAGUAACUACAGUGUUGCCAGCUGAGCAGCAGUUGGAUGAGACACCAUUUGACCCCAGCAUAACCCAUGGACUGAUGGCAGAUACACCAGAGAGUCCUUUGGCAAAUUUCAGAAGGCAAUUCUCUCAUGUUCCUAGUGGUGAUAUUGGAAAACUACUGGAACUUUGUGGUUGCCCCUCAAAGCAAAGCAAAAUUUGUGCAGCAGAUGGUUGGAACUAUGAAAACACGUGCAUACUGCGGUGUCUCACUGCAUCCAGGUGGCAGCACAUGAGAGAAUGUCACAUCUACAAGACCACAGUCACUGGUCGCAUUUUUGAUGUGGACAUAAACCGUCCUUAUGCCCUUCAGGAAAAUUUUGGUGGAGAGAGAGUCUGCAGAGUAUCUAUUGCAGCCAUGGAAGGAAUGUGUGGAGUCCAGUUCAAGAAGAUACAGUUUGACCUGGGACAAAGGAUAGACAGUUGCAACAAAAACUACUUGCUGGUUGAAGAGGCCAAGUUCUGCAAUGAAGGCAACUACUUCCCUGGACUUGUCAACUUUAAUCCAGAGAUGAGAGUGGACCUAAGUUACCACCUGGAAAAUGACACAAAAGGAUUUGACCUCUUUUUCAGCCAAGUGCCCUGUGAAGACCCAGGAGAGGACCAGUCACAAAUCCAAAACAAUUACAGAAAGGAUGGACCAUGUGAAAUUUACUUGUCAGGGGCCACUGGCAGAUUCAUGACUUCUGCACUCAAAAGUCACCAAUUGAACACCAAAUGCAGAGUCACCAUUGUAGCAGAUGACAGCAAGUGUGGAUUGGAGCUGAAAUUUCACAGGUUCUCACUGUCAAGGAACAGGCAAUGUGAAGAAGAAUAUUUCAAGGUGUCAGGAAAGAGAUAUUGUGGAUCAGGACCUCAGCUGAUGCCCAGUGACUUAUUGAGGAUGAGAGGUGUGCAUCAAGCUAUAGUGAUUGUUGUGCUGGCAACUCUGGGCCAUGGUCAGCCACAAAAUUUCAAUGCUCAAGCCCUCACCAUGUUGUCCCAGAUGGCCUUGAAACCCUGUCCUCAGGACACCUCCCCUUGUGUUUGCAGACCAACCCCUGAUGGACCAGAGCUAGAGUGCACAGCAGUUAAUGAGGCACAGGCUCUGCAAUUUUCUCAGGCAUUUCAGGAUCCUAUCCACUACAGGAAAAUAACUUUGCAAAGAUCCAGAAUGCUGGAGCUUCCACAUGAUGCAUUUGGUGAAGCAACAGCUGAUAUAUAUGUCAUCCAAAACAACCCCAACUUGGAGACCAUUGAGAUUGGUGCUUUAGGAAACUUUGCCAACCCCAAAAUACUCAUUGUACAAAGGAAUCCUCAACUUGAAGAGUUUCCCUUCAGUGAUCUGAAAAAGUGGUUGGACCUUGAGAAGUUUGUUCUUACAGACAACAGGAUCCUGGAAAUACCAGACUUUGCAUUUGAUGGUGUGAAUGGACAGCUGAAGGAGAUUCAUUUGCAAAGGAAUGUCAUUCUUGACCUUGGGCCUCUGGCCUUCAGAGGGCUGUCCAAUCUAGAGUACUUGGACUUGUCAGGAAACCAAAUUGCUGCUUUGUCAGCUGGCUCUUUGUUCUUUUCUGAACCUCUGAAGCAUUUGGACUUGUCCAGGAACAGAAUAAGCAACAUUGAUGUGAAAGCUUUUGAGGACCCAUCCAGAUCAGGAAGUGGGAAUUUUGCAGAAUACAUAGAUUUCUCCAACAACCUCUUCACUUUCUUGGAAAAUGCAAAAUGGGAGCCCAUAUUCAAGAAAUUGGAUUCAUUCAAGGCCAGCUUGGAAGAACCACCAUCAACCACUACCCAAUUCAAUCCAUUCCUCCUGUUGCAGCAGUUUGGGAAUUUGCAACAAUUGGCAGUUUCCACAACUACACAAGCGCCAUCUACCACAAUUGUGCUUCCUGUGCAGCCCACAGCAGUUGAAAACAAUCCUGAAGCAUUAUUUUUCCAGUUUCUUCAGACUCUCCUUCAGAAGAAUGGUGAAGGUGUGCCUGCAGUGCAAGGAAACCCUGUGAUCACCUCUGGGGCUCCAAGCACAACUAGUACAUCUACCACUACAACCACUACUACCACUACUAGCACCACCACCACCACUGAAGCACCAAGUACUAGCACAACAACAACUGAGCCCCCAACAAGUUCCACAACAGCACCAAGUUCAUCCACCACAGCUUUGCCAGCAGUGACAAUCCCUGCUCAAGUGCCAGAUACUAGAGUCAGUAACAUCUGGAGUUCCAUACUGAGUGAACUAGAUCAGCUCAUUCAAGCCAAGAGAGUAGAAAUUACCCCUAUUGGCUCCACAACAACCACUACUGCAACUAGUUCAUCUGCAACAGAGUCUCCAUCAUCUGUCUCAUCAUCCACCAAUGGACCUGCAUUAGUGGAACUGGCCACUGAAUCUGGCAUCAACAUUCAACCUGAUACCAUUCCUCAAGAACAGAAUACCAUUGAUGUGUCUGGACCAGCACAGUUGGAAUUUGGAGCCAGAGUUCCAAAGGCUUUUCACAGUGAACCUCAGGGGAACCAAUUGCAGCAGCCUGGAGCAGGUUCAGUCAAAGAUCCUGAACCUCUGGGGAUUUCUUCUUUGGAGCCUCAGGAAUUGUCACUGGACUAG